AUGUCUGUUCCCCAAAGGUCCGCGCCGCCGAUUGAUGAGCUGCGGAAGUUCUACGUUGGAAGAUCCAUCAACGAGGUUCCCAAACCGGCGGUUGUCUUAGACAAGACCAAGGUGAAGAAGCAUUGCGACUCUUUAUUGAAAGCCAUCGAGGCACUUGGCGUGGAAUUUCGGGCUCAUGUCAAAAGUCACAAGACUCGAGAAGGCACUCAGCUACAAGCAGGGGAGACGAGCAAGUCCGUAAAGCUGGUGGCAUCAACUAUCCCCGAGAUCGAGCACCUUGUGCCACUCGUGUAUGAAUUUCAGACUGCUGGUCGCACAGUCGACAUUCUUUAUGGCAUCCCACUUCUGCGAUCACAAGCCCAGCGACUCGCUGCAAUUGCACGCCAAAUCGCCCCAAGCACCAUCUCUGUGUUGAUCGAUCACCCCGCCCAACUCGAUCACCUUGUUGAAUUUGCCUCUUCAGCAGGUUUUCCAGCCGGAGUUUUCAUCAAAGUUGACACAGGGUAUCAUCGUGCCGGUCUUCCACCAGCAGGAGUCAACAAGGACGACCUCAUCACCAGACUGAUUCAGCUGGAAGAAUCAGGACAAGCCGAUUUCAUUGGACUGUACUCUCACAGCAGCCUAAGCUAUAGCGGGUCGACCCCUGAACAAGCUAUGCGACAUCUCCAGGGCGAAAUAUAUGGUUGUCUGGCUGCUUUGCGUCAGCACUCGAGCUCGUUUGGAACAGACAGAGAACUUGCCAUAAGCGUUGGUGCCUCACCACAAGUGACUUCGGUAGAAGCACUUGUUGGAACGGACAAGCUCAGCGACGAAGCUGAGCAUCUACGGCAGAUUAUGCAUGGGAUCAGCACAAAUCAGCAUGCCGGAUUUCGAACGAAGCUCGAGCUUCAUGCCGGUGUGUACUCCAUUUUAGACAUCCAACAGCUUUCGACGCAGUGCCGAGGUGCGAUACUAGGCGAGUACGAAGAUGAGAUCGCCAUCUCUGUCGUUGCGGAAGUCUGCAGCGUGUACAACGACGGCGAACGAAACCAGCCCGAAGCACUGCUGGCGGUUGGAACCUUGGGCCUGGGCAGAGAGCCAUGUGCUUCGAGACGAGGCUGGGGUGCCAUCCGUCGGAACGGAACGAAACUGGGCUCUAACCUGGAGAACCGAUUGAUCAUUGAUCGCAUCAGUCAAGAACACUGCAUCAUCGCUUGGGAUAAACCUUCGGAAGAUGGCAUGGUCUCACCAAUUCCCCUUGAAGUGGGCGAUAGCGUACAGAUCUUCCCGAAUCAUGCCUGUGUGACAGGGGCAUUGUAUGAAUGGUAUUUGGUAGUGGAUAGCGAAUCUGAAGAUGACCAGAAUAUUGUAGACGUGUGGAUCAGGGCGAGCGGGUGGUGA